AUGCAUUCGUGCAGAUGCAGAAACAGUGACCUUUCUCAGUUGUAAAGUGGGCCUCGGAGAUUCACUUUCUGAUAUCAAGUGGUGUCUAGGCCGCCAAAAUGACCCAGAUCCGUUGUGUAUAACUUAAUCUCACCAUCACCUGUUGAUAGUGAAACUCAGGGUUGCUGAGAUGCACAGCGCAACGAACGAAGAACAAUCUCAGCAGCUGCUUUUAACUGCCCCUUGAAGUACAGCGUGGUAGAUGUCCGAGGAAAGUGUUCCAACACGAUCAGGAAUCAUGGAGAUCGUCGCUAAGAGGCUGUUGGCUACUGCUACCUCUGCCACGGGAAAGAAGAAAAUAGACCUCUUUUAUGAUGUCCUGUCUCCUUAUACUUGGUUCGCAUUUGAGACCCUCAUGCGGUACAAGAACCACUGGAAUAUAGAAGUGACAUUAAAGCCAAUGUUGCUUGCAGGAGUGAACCAAGCAACUGGAAACAAACCACCAGGACUUGUGCCUAAUAAAGCUGUAUAUAUGAACAGUGACCUUGCCAGAUGUGCCACCUACUUUAAUGUGCCUUUGAAAAUGCCUGAGGAUCCAUUUGACAUGAUAAUGGUAAAGGGUUCACUCAUACCCAACCGGUUCCUCACUGCCAUAGACAUGUUGCAUCCUGAACACCUUGAAGCUGCAACUCGAGCUUUGUGGAUGUCAGGAUGGAGCAGGGGUGAAGACUUCACCCAACCUGCCAUCCUAGCCAAGGCAGGUCAAACUGCAGGCCUUUCAAAUGACCAGCUUUUGAAGAUACAGGAGCACAUGACCCAGCAAGCCACCAAAGAUCGUCUACGUGCUUAUACUGACCAAGCUGUUCAGUAUGGGGCUUUCGGGUCUCCAACAAUUAUAUAUCACAAGGAUGGGUCUCCUCAGCUGUUUUUCGGUUCCGACAGGUUCCCAGUUUUGGCACAAGAAAUUGGUGAGGAAUGGCGUGGGCCCCAACCUGAUUCUGCAGAUGCUAAAUUGUAGUUAAUAUUCGUAUAUCAAUUUGAAUGAGUACAUUUUUUGUAUUCCUCUUAAUUACCAGAUAUCAGGAACAUUUUAGUAUUUGGCAGCUUUGUAAACUGGAAUUGCACAUAGACACAUAUUUAGAUUUUUGUGCACAGUUUGUCUUAAACAUUACAUGCAGUAAAUAUUACCUUACUAAAUUUAUCUGUACUACUGUGAGUUAGCAAGUAUGGUCCUUUCCUAAAAUAUGGCAAUGUAAGAUACCUACUGAGGUAGAAAAAAAAAUGUGAUGAUUACAUUCAGCUCACCAAUUGAAGUAAAAUAUAACUAAUGGAGUAAAUGAUAACGAGCUGUUGUUUGGCAGAAUCUAAAUAUGUCUAUUACAUGUUUAGGUUGAAUUUGGUUUCGUGGUUUCAAGGAUGUGUUUCUCAGUAUUUGAGUAAAAGAAAAAUUAUAUAACUACACUGUAUCACCUUAGGUCUUUUAUAGUGAUUUUAAUUUAGAUAAUCACUGACAGUAAUGUGGUGCUACUUUGAUAACUGCUUAGAUAUUAUCAAUGAA